AUGAUACAAGGAUCAAUAGACGAGCAAUCAGGGUUCACCACAAAUAGACGAUUACAAACAAGAGUUCUUGCUCUACUUGAGAAUCUCAAAUUGACAAUAGCAGCUCCGAAUAGACCUGCACUUACAAUAUUGGUAGACUUUUUAACAGCUUUUAAUCGUAAAUGGUAUCCUGCUCUUAGGAAGUCUCUUGAGAAAUUAGAUAUGCCAUUAGAAUUAAGGAAAUGGAUUUUUAACUGGUUAACAAAUAGGAAAAUGUUUAUAAACCAUGGCAAUGCUAAAUCCAAGACGUUUAAAGUUUCAGUUGGAGCACCACAAGGUAGUGUACUAGCAGCACUCUUGUUUCGCCUGCACAUUUUAUUUUUACCAUCGUAUUUUCCUCAAAUCAUAUGUCAUCUUUUUGCACAUGGUUUAACAAUAGUGUUUAAACGAGCUCUUGAGAAAAGACUGUCAGAUUAUCUGAUUAAUAUUCAAAAUCAAGCUAAGAUCGUAUUAAAUUUACUUGAGAAAUAUGCAGAUGAUCAUAUUUUACCGGUUAACAUAAAAAAGACGAAAGUAAUGCUAGUUCAUAGCGCAGUUGCAGUUAAUAAGCCAGAAAUUUAUUAUAAAAACAUCAAAAUCGAAUAUGUUAAAACUUUUAAACUUUUGGGAGUGGAAAUAGGUACGAAGAUAGGAUUAGAUGAUCGCCAAUGGGUUGAAUCUCAAAAACGUUCAUUUCGUACUUUUGUAUUUCAAUCAACUCGUUAUUUAUCAUCAUCAACAGGUAAUCCUAGUAAUGGUUUAAUAUUUGAAAAUGAUAAUGAACAAUCAAUUCAAUCACAAUCCUCAUCGACUAAACAAUUAGUAUUAAUUGAAGUAAGUCAAUAUAUUUAUUAA